ACUGGCUCACAUUCAGCCUGCGACUCUGUGUUCACUGUGGGGUCAGGGGACACAAGCCAGUUGAGGAGGAGGGACCUGUAGGUGGAUUUCCAAGGAGGAAUCAACAGGGAUCCUCCACCUCCGUGCGCCUCCACACUUGGACCUCUAGUCUCCGCUAACAAACAUGAGAACCCUUCACAGUUAAAACCACUAGACACUCACUAGUGUGCUUUCGAUUUUGACUCUACCCCACCCGACCCAUAAUUGCUUGGUCAUAACAUUUUCAGGAUCUAAAGAGAGUAGUCGGUACCGGAGGAUCCAGACGCAGAAGGAGCGCGCGGAGGAAGAGCAAGGACAGCUGAGUACUGGUCCCCUGGCUGGGGCACACGCACCACGCUGCCAUGGCAUCUGGACCCAUCAUGUUGGUCCCCAUGUGUUUGGUGGAAAACAAGGAUGAGCAGAUGUCAGUGAACGAGAAAGCCUUAAAGAUUCUUUACAAGAUUUCUCAACCAGUGGUGGUUGUGGCCAUCGUUGGGCUGUAUCGCACAGGAAAAUCCUAUUUGAUGAACUGUCUUGCAAGAGAAAAGUGUGCAUCUUCAAAACAAGUAAAAGGUGAGAUGCAGCCACAGUCCUUUAUGAGGGCUUAUAAAGGUGAUCCUAAGAAUGACUCAUGGAUCUUUGCCCUGGCUGUGCUUCUGAGUAGCACUUUCAUCUAUAACAGCAUGAGCACUAUCAACAAUGAUGCCUUAGAGAAACUGCAUUAUGUGACAGAGUUGACAGAACUCAUCAGGGCAAAGUCUUCUCCUAAACACGGUGGAGUAGAAGAUGCCACAGAGUUUGUGAGUUUCUUUCCAGACUUUAUCUGGGUCGUACGGGAUUUCAUCCUGGAGCUGAAGUUAAAUGGUCAGCCUAUCACAGAAGAUGAGUACCUGGAGAAUUCCUUGAAGCUGAUUCCAGGUUUAAAUCCAAAAGCUAAAAUUUCCAACAUACCCAGGGAGUGUAUCAGGCGUUAUUUUCCAAAACGGAAGUGUUUUGUCUUUGACCGGCCAACACAAGACACAAGUCUCCUAGCCAAAAUUGAGAAUAUUUUGGAAAGCCAACUGGAUCCUAAAUUCCGGCAACAAUCAGAUAAUUUCUGUUAUUAUAUCUUCACCCAUGCAAAGACCAAGACCCUCAGGGAAGGAGUCAAGGUCACGGGGAACCGGUUGGGGACUCUGGUGGUGACUUACGUAGAUACCAUCAAUAAAGGAUCAGUGCCUUGUUUGGAGAACGCAGUGACAACUCUGGCCCAGCUUGAGAAUUCAGUGGCUGUGCAGAAGGCAGCUGACCACUACAGCGAGCAGAUGGGCCAGCGAGUGAUCUUUCCCACAGAUACGCUCCAGGAAUUGCUGGACCUGCAUGCAGCCUGUGAGAGGGAAGCCAUUGCAAUCUUCCUGGAGCACUCCUUCAAGGAUGACCAGAGGGAGUUUCAGAAGAAGCUCACGGAAAUCAUAAAGAAUAAGAAGGAGAGUUUAUUGCUGAAGAAUGAAGAGGCUUCUGAGAAAUAUUGCCAAUAUGUACUUGAUCAGCUUUCAAUGGCCCUAAUGGAAAGUAUUUCAGAUGGAACUUUCUCUGUUUCUGGAGGGCACCAGAACUACAGGAGAGCAAAGGAAAGGAUUGAACGGCGAUAUUGGGAAGUACCCAGAAAAGGAGUGAAGGCAAAAGAGGUCUUCCAACGGUUCCUGACGUCACAGGUAUCAAUAGAGAAAUCCAUCCUGCAGGCAGAUAAAGCCCUGACCCAAGGGGAGAAGGCCAUAGCAGAGGAGCGGGCCAAGAAGGAGCAAGCUGAGAAGGAACAGGAGUGGCUAAGACAGAAGCACAAGGAGCAGCAGCAGCAGAUUGAGGCGCAAAAUAGGAGUCUGGAGGAAAACAUAGUCCAACUGAGAAAGAAGCUGGAGAAGGACAGAGACGAGGCUCUGAGAGAACAGACAAGGAUACUGGAGCACAAGCUGAAGAUCCAAGAGGAAUUGCUUAACGAAGGAUUCAAGAAGAAAUCUGAUGAGAUGGAGGCAGAGAUAAAUCGUCUGAAAAAUUUGAUUGAAAGUACUAAAAAGGAUAAAACUCCCUGGAUUGCACGGGCCCUGGACACACUUGCUGAUGAACUCUCUGCAACCCUAGCUAUCCCUGGGAAACUAAUUGGCAAGGGUCUGAAUGCUCUGAGCUCACUGUUUAAAUAAGAUUAGUUUUCUUUAAAGAAAAUUAUAGAAUGUGCAUAUAUGCUCUACCCUAUUUUUGGUGUGUAUGGUUUUUAAUUUUACUCACAAAAGUUUUAAACAUAAAAAGUGCCUACUAGAGGAUUUUAGUGCCUAACAUACAUUGAUAGAUUGAGAGUUGGUUUUAUUCAUUUAAAUUGAAAAACAAGCAUCAAUUUAUAACAGAAGUUGGCAAAGUUGGCCUACAGGCUAAACCUAUCCUGCUGCCUGUUAUUGCAAAUAAAGUUUUAUUGAAACAUCACCGCAUGCAUUUAUUUACAUAUUGACUAUGGCUACUUUUAUACCACAACAGUAGAGUGAAGUAGUAGGAGCAAUCACUGUAUGACCCACCAAACCUAAGAGAAUUCCUUUUAGACACUUUGUAGAAAGGGUUGCCACCCUCUGUUUUAAGAGGUAGAAAAAGACCAUAUUUGCAGUUGAACAAAAAUUGCCUUUUAAAAAACAUCAAUAAUGUUACUGAAAGUCACAAAAGAAGAGAUAUAUAUUCAAGUCAAUUCUUGAUAUAGCAUGUUCACUUUUAGGAAAUACACAUGCAUAAUUAUAUUAUACAA